AUGUAUGUGAGCAGCGCAAUAGCGGCCGGCAUAUCCACUGAAUCAACAACAACUGCUGUUGUUCGCAUUUCUAGUACAGUAAUUACGAGGAUUACCGAUCCCACUGAACAACCAAUAGAAACAACAACAACAAUAACGGAAACAACGGAGACAACAACGACACAUGUAACAACAACAACAACAAUGGCUAUUACUCAUAUUCCUGAUACUACGACGGUGAUCACCAAACCAACAACAACAAUUACUUCCACCACGAUUUCCAUCUCCCAAAUGUUGCAAGAAACAAAAUCAACCAGAUUAGGAACAGAAAUUACUUCCGCUACAGCUACUACCAUUCCUAAGAUGUUACAAGAAACAGUACAAUCAACCGAACUAGGUUAA